AUGGCCCAAAAUGACGUGAAAAGUGAAAAUUCACUAGCAGCGGAACCAGCGCUGAUUUCCAAAGUCAGCUAUCCUGCAUUUGAUCCGGACGAUAUCGAAACUUGGUUCUUGUGUCUGGAAGCCGCAUUUAGCGUGAAUUGUGUCAGGAGCGACAGGAACAAAUUUCACACCGUGAUUGUUGCUCUUGGGCCCCGCUGUAAAUUUGUGCAUACCACAAUUGCACAAUGCACCGAAUCUGCUAACAACGACAAAUACGAAACACUGAAAUCCGCCGUGAUUUCGCAUUUUCGCCUCUCUGAUAACCAGCGACUAACGAGUUUGCUUUCCGGAAUGAUUUUAGGCGACCAGAAGCCGAGCGUUCUUCUUUCGGAAAUGCGCCGCCUGGGUGGUGACGGGUGUUCGGACAACGUUCUUUCCAACUUGUGGCUCCGUGCACUGCCAGUCACAGUGCGUUCCAUCAUCGCAGCGAUGCCAACCGCUCCAUUGGACGAACAAGCGAAAGUGGCCGACAAGAUUUUGGAAGUCCCGAGGAGCGAUCCACCAUCCGUUCACUCCGUCGAACCGUCCGCAUUGGAACAACGCAUCGAGGAACUUUCUCGCCGUCUCGAUCAGGUGCUUGGUGGCAAAUCCCGCAGUCGUGAGCGGCCGACGUAUCGAGAUCAGACCCGAUCUUCAAACCGUCGCUCACAAACGCCCUCCCGGUCAACAAGCUCCCGCCGAUGGAUAUGUUGGUUCCACUACCGACAUGGUGUCCAGGCUCAGAAGUGCGAGAAGCAGAGAGGAGACAACACCAACGUGCCGUGUAUAUUCUACGACGCCUCCUUCGAACCAGCACAAGCCGAUGUAUCCAGCAUCGAACUCAACAAGGACAUCUUGCGUAUCCACGUGCGUGAUCAGCAAUCAGCACAACAGUUUCUAAUCGACACUGGUGCUGAUAUUUCCGUGCUACCACCGACACCACGAGAACAGCUUCACCCUUCACCGUCUCAUCGUCUCUACGCAGCAAAUGGCAGCCCCAUACAAACAUAUGGCACCAAGCGGUUGCAAUUGGACAUCGGACUCCGCCGACCAUUUGUGUGGAUUUUCACUAUCGCCGAUGUGAAAUCCCCGAUCAUUGGAGCUGAUUUUUUGAAGCACUUUGAUCUUCUGGUGGAUCUCAAACGCAACAAGCUGAUUGACAACCUCACCAACCUGCAAGAAUUCCAAGACAUCACCAUCCUGAAUAUGAACCAUCACCCGACCAAGUCGAACACCGUCCAUCAGAUCAUUACGACAGGCCAACCAGUUUUCUGUCGCCCCCGCCGGUUGCCACCCGACAAGCUGAAGGAAGCCAAAGAGGAAUUCCGUUUCCUUAUGGAGCAGGGAAUAUGCCAACCAUCGAAAAGUUCCUGGGCCAGUCCUCUACACAUGGUACGCAAAUCCAAUGGCAAAUGGAGACCGUGUGGUGACUAUCGGAACCUUAACGCCAUUACCGUUCCCGAUCGUUACCCAGUGCCACAUAUCCAGGACUUUUCCAACAUCCUCUAUGGAAAAUGCAUUUUCUCAUGCAUUGAUCUACAACGUGCCUACCACCAAAUUCCCGUAGCACCGGAAGACGUACCGAAGACCGCAAUUACGACCCCGUUUGGCCUUUUCGAGUUCAAAUUCAUGACAUUUGGAUUGCGUAACGCCGGUCAAACUCUCCAGAGGCACCUCCAUCAGAUUCUGGGCCACCUGGAAUAUGUUUUCCCGUACGUCGACGACUUAUGCAUCGCCUCCGCCAGCAUCGAAGAGCAUAAACGGCAUCUGCGUCAAGUAUUCCAGAUCCUGAGGGAAAACAACCUGACCAUCAACGCCAGCAAAUGCCAAAUCGGGAAAUCUGAGGUGAAAUUCCUGGGUCAUCUCAUCACUCCCGAGGGUAUCAAACCAAACCCGAGCAAGGUCGAAGCUGUGAUGAAUUUUCCUCAACCUACGACUGCCCGGCAGAUGAAGCGAUUUUUAGGAACAAUAAAUUUCUAUCGUCGUUUCCUACCCGGCGCUGCCGCCCAGCAACAGUUGCUCCAGCAAAUGAUUACCGGUAACAUCCGAAACGACCAAACACCUCUGCAAUGGAACGAGAUCACCCUCGCAGCUUUCCGACAGUGUAAAACAGCUUUAGCUAAUGCUACUCAACUCGCUCACCCAUCGGCCCAAGCGAAAUUAGCAUUAGACGUCGAUGCUUCAGGAACAGCAAUUGGCGCUGUUCUUCACCAAAUCACCGAAAAAGGAUGCCAGCCACUCGCAUUCUUUUCCCGCAAAUUGAGGGAAGCCCAACGAAAGGCAAGUACAUACGAUCGUGAGCUCUACGCAAUGUACGAAGCGGUCAAGUACUUCAAGGACACCCUCAUCGGACGUGAGUUCUGCAUCUACACCGACCACAAGCCACUCACUCAUGCCUUUCAUCAGCGCCCUGAAAAAGCGACACCAACUCAAACUCGUCAUCUAGGUUUCAUCAGCGAGUAUACAACGGAUAUUCGACACGUUCCCGGUGAGUCGAACAAGGUUGCCGAUAUGCUCAGCCGAAUUGAAACCAUCUCGACCACUAGCGAAACAAUAAACUUCGAGCAAAUGGCCACCCAGCAGGAAACCGAUCCCGAGCUACAGCAGUAUUUGCAAUCCCCUCCAGCAAAUACUAGCUUACUGCUGAAGAAGCUCAAAUCACCUUUAUCCUCACAACCGAUCUACUGUGACAUCUCCACCGAAGCCAUCAGACCGUUUGUUCCGAAGGAAUUUCGACAAGCAAUCAUCAGGAAGCUUCACAAUAAUUCGCAUCCAGGCAUACGAUCAACGACACGACUUGUCAGUGAUCGAUAUGUUUGGCCAUCGAUUCGUCGAGAUUGCAAAAUUUUUGUCACACAUUGCCUGCCAUGCCAGAAAUCUAAGGUACACCGGUACAACAAAACCCCAGUUGUGCAAAUUCAUACCCCAUCGGAUCGUUUUGCACACAUUCACAUGGACCUCAUCGGACCUCUACCUCCAUCGGAAGGAAAUGCCUAUUGCCUCACGAUGAUAGACAAAUUCACCCGUUGGCCAGAAGUCAUACCAAUCCCAAAUAUGACUGCCAUCACCGUCGCUCGAGCAUUCGUUAACGGCUGGAUCUCAAGGUUCGGAGUACCAGUCAACGUGACGACUGAUCUUGGUCGUCAAUUCGAGUCGGAGCUCUUCCGUGAGCUGAACACAUUACUUGGGAUAACGCAUCUUCGUACAACGCCUUACCAUCCCCAGGCAAAUGGACAAAUCGAGAGGACUCAUCGCCAACUAAAAGCAGCGAUUAUGUGCCACCAAAACGCUAAGUGGACAGAGUCGCUACCACUCGUGCUCCUCGGAAUGAGAACCGCCCUCAAGGAAGACCUUCAAGCGACGAUCGCUGAUCUCACCUAUGGCACUUCAUUGCGUUUGCCAGGUGACUUCUUCGUUGAUAAUCAACUGAAACAACCGUCAUCGGAAUUCGUGGCCGACCUGAAAAAAGCCAUGAAUAAGCUGCGACCAACGCCCACGACCAACCACGCUAAGAAUGCAACCUUCAUCCAAAAGGAUCUGCAAACCUGCAGCCACGUCUUCGUCAAGGUAUGUGCAAUUAAACCUCCACUGAGUCAACCUUUUAAUGGCCCAUACCGAGUACUUCGCCGGAAGAAAAAGGUAUUCAUCAUCGACAUCAACGGCAAGCGUUCGCCGAUUUCAAUUGAUCGCCUGAAAGCCGCAUUCAUCGUACCCGCCAACUUCUUCAACCAACUCAACCCAGCCUUUGGAUGUCACCGAUGA